AACCUGAAAUUGUGGGUCAUUUAAUUUGCUGGAAAAUACUGAAGUACUUUGUUGCGUUAUACUACAAUCUAUCCAGGUCAAAUGUCGAUAUUGCCCUCGGAACUCCAAUAUAUAAGAGACUUGACACUCUUAACUGACUAAGAGAACCACCAAAUCAGUUCCCUUUCUCUUCUCUUCUCAUUCGACGAAGGAGAGAUGGAGGCGAAGAAGAGGGCGGCCACCAUUGCCGCCCUUUGCAUGCUCCUCAUCAUGUCAGUGCCAUCCCAGCAGCGGGUGUCCACCAUGUCCUUCUGCAGCUGUUACCAGCAGUGCUACCCCGGGUGCAGGCAUAGCACCCCUUGGUGGCUCUGCAACGUCAACUGUGCUGGCAACUGCGACGUUGGCGACAGGGAGGACUCCCUUGCCGCGUGCAUCAUGGUCUGCAGCACGGAUUCCGUCUGCGGCCCGGUGGUGGCACCAGCCUAUGCACAAGGUGUUGCGGAUUGUAUAGCUGAGUGCAACAAGAGGUGGGGGCAAUAAUUAACGCCAAGUAACCUUCAAAAUAAAGAGCUGAAGAAACUGUGGAUCAUGGGAUCAUAUGAUGUUGAACGCCUGUCACUGCUGAACCAAUCAAUAAAAUGUGUUCCGCGUGCGUCGGUGCCACUUGUCUGAAUUUUUUUUUGCAAAUCUCAAAGUGGCAUAUUUAUUUCGUAAUAAGUUAACACAUGCUACAAGAAUUCAAACAUCAGCAGUCACAUCCGAGCCGUCCCUGAAUCCACCAGAUAAACAUUCACCAAGAACAAACGCAGAAAAUGGGGCCUAAAUAGAAAUCUGAUGCAGAAUCAAAGAAAACAGUGAAAAGAUGAACACAUACAUAAUGAAGGCAAGCAAGAUCAAUUGAAAGGUACUAACUAAUCAA